AUGAAUUAACAAUAUGUAGCUCCAUUAGCUAACAUAUUGAAAUUAGAAGAAGGAAUUGAAGAUGAUCAUAUAAAACAACUAUAUUUGAAUAAUCCUUUAACUAUUUCUUACUGGUUCUAAAGUAAAAAACUUGAUAUUGAUAAUUAGCUGACCUUUAAUUAGUCAGAAUUAAUAUAUCUGACUUAAUUAAGCGUCAGUUAACCUUUUUUCGCUUUAGAAUACACAGAUGAAGAUUUUGAGCUCUCACCAUAAUUUAUAAUAAUGUCUCCUUAUUUGAUUAAGUAAAUACCUUAAUCAUUAAAUGAUCUAAAUUGUUAAAUAGAUAUCUAACAAAAGUUUGACUUAAAUUGCUUUGAAUGGUUUUAGUAGGCUAAAAUUUAAGAAAACUACUUUUACUAUUCUAAAGUUGAUAAUGAUAGACUAAGUUAAACUCAGCAAACUGUAAAAAGUUUUUUUUCUUGCAAAAAGAUAUUUAGCAAAUAACUUAAUAGCACUAAUAAUAAAGAAUAAAAUGUAAUCAUGUGUUAUUAAGUUUAUUUAAAUUUGAAUGACAAUAUGUUUUAAAUUAUUUAAGGAGACAUGAACAUUUAUAACAUUUUGUAUUUCCACAUAAAUAAAGAAGAAAUUAUAAACAAUUAUUCAUAAUAUAUCUGUUAGAAUUAGCAAACUGAAGAAUGUUUACAAUAAUAAUCCUUUUAAUAAUAAUUAUCAAUAUUCGAUUAGUCAUUUAAAAAUUUUCAAGAAGUAGCAAUACAAAAUAUCUUUGAUAAUCAAAGUUAUAAAAAUGAGCAAAGUUACUAAGAUGAGAGUAUCUAAAUUCAAACUUAACCUGAAGAUGUAAAAGAAUUGAUAAUUAUCGAAGAUAAAAUAUUUGGUGAUCUGAAAGCAGAAGAUAUUUUCGGAUCGCGAGAUACUCUUACCCUGUACGAAUCUCUUAAAAAUUUAAUAAAAAUGUUAAAGUAUAGAUAAUAAAAUAUAUUUUUAGAAAAUUCAUGCAAAACUUUACUUUCUAUGAAUAUUUAAACUUAGUUUUUUAAGAGAUUUACUAACUAUCAAGAAUUGGGCAUAUUAUAUAAUAACAUAGCUAAUAUUCACUUCUUUGAGUAGAGGUAUCUUGAAGCUCUUGAAAACUACCAAAAUUCAAUAAUAUGUGCUAAAAUAUAAUUGUAAUAUUAUCAAGAAACAACUUCUAAAAAAAAUCUUCAUUCAUAUUAUUAAACUAGCAUAGUUUGCUCAAUAAAACCUAAAAGAAAGAGUGUAGCAUCUCUUUUUGAAAAUAAAAAUCUUACCUUAGUAGAGAACUUGUUCAAUAGAAAAUAUAAUUACUAUAAAUGCCUACUUGCGUAUUAUGAAAAAUAAGGUUUUAGUAAUGUGCUUUGGGAAGAGCUUGAAUAACUUUUAAAUGAACUUGAUAAUUUAGGAAGUUUUUUAGAAUUUAGUCAUGGAAGAAAUAUAUUUUUAGAAUUAGAAAUUUGCUUUAUUAAAUAUUCGACAAACAAUAUCUAAUAGGCAAAAAUAUAGCUAGAGAAAGUAAAAAAAGUACUUGAAUUAAAAGAAGAAUUGGAUUUAAUUUAGAUAAGAAGCAAAGAUUAAAAUAAUUUUGAUCACGAAAGAGUCUAUGCAACAAAGAUUAUUUAAAGAUAUUAAAAAGUGAAGAGAAAAAAUAUUGGCAAUUAAAUUGACUUUCCAUCUGAAUAGUAAAAUUCUGAUUUACAAAGUCAAAUAAAAAGAAAAAAAAAAUAAUCAUAUUCAAAAUUAGUAAAAAAUUAUAAGGAAGAAAGAGAAAACUAUAAUUAAAUUCAAUUUUUAAAAUAUUUUGCUAGCCAAAAAAAGGUUUCUCUUUAAAAUAUUAGUAAUUUAUCAUAAAACACAAUUAAACAAAAUAAACAGUCAAAUUUUUAAAAAAUGAGUGAUUCUAAAACAAAAUAAUAAAUGGAUUAAAAAAUUCAAACUGUUAAAACUAUUUAAAACAAUUCAAAAUAAGAAAAUUAAAAAUAAUUUUCUUUUAACUUGCUUGUUUAUCAAGAAAGGUAAAAGGCACAAAGUUAGUUUAUAAUCAAUAAUAUUAAUAAAGAUCAAAAGAUCGAAGAAGACACAAAUUUACAUAAAAAAUAAUUAAAGCCUUUAAAUUACUCUUGUUUUAAUAAAUAAGUAGAAAAUAAGGAAAGAUUUUCAUUUUAAGCUAGAAUUAAAGAAGAUUCGAAAGAAAUUGAGAGCUGCCCAAAAUAUUCAUUAACUUCUAUUUAAAAUAUAGAGCCUAAAAAUUAAGAAAAAUAAAUGAUCUCUUAACAUAUAAAAAAGCUAAUUAAAUUUUAAAAAAUAUAUAAAAAAGUGAGUUUUUUUAAAGAUAUUGAUUAGAGAUUAAUACAAAAUUAUGAUUAUCCGUUUGAAAUUAUGAAAUCUUACUAUACAAUUAUAGAAAGUUAAAUUUUAAUGAAAGAAGGCUUCAAUUACUAAGCAGCUAAAAUGAUUUCUAAAUCUCUUAAAAAUUCUACAUGCUAUCAAACACAUCCAAAGUAAAAGCUGCUUAGAUUUUUAAAUAGCAUUUUCAAACAAAAUAUGAACUUUGAAUUCGAGCCUUUAAAGAAAUAAAUAAAUGGAUUUAAUGAAAUAACUAUUUUUAAAAUAAGCUUAUUUGUUUUUUGUUAAUAAGACAUAAAUAAAUAUAUUUCUUAUUAAAUAUGUCAAGAAAUAAUUGAUUAAGUUAUGACAAAUUAAGAAGAUUCUUUGGGUGUUUUAGCUUAUUUGUAAGAUAUAAGUGAUAUCAGUUAAUUAGAUGAAAUAAUGCAAAUUUUACCCCCUAUUAAAAAAUCAGAGAUAAAUAAUAACAGAGAAUUCGUUGAAGAUAAUCUCGUUUUAUUACUUGAUUUUUUACAAGAAAAAGAAAUAAAAUAACGUGAAUAAACGAAAUAUAGCUAUUUAGAAAUUUUCAAUCCCCCAAUUCUAAAAAAAAAUAUAAGUAAUUAUUCGAAAUACUCAGGUAGUCCUAAAUCUAUCUAUAGCAACAGUCCACUUGCAAUAAGCAGAAAACAAUUUUAAAGUUUUGACUCCUCUUAUGAGUAAAAUGAAAAAAGAUAAAGCUAUGGUAAUUUUUGUUAACUUAACAACACACCUUAAGAUUGUACUGAUGAUGCUUGUUAAAUUAGCAAUUUACAAGAAAAUAUUUAUUCAGAAAAAUCGAAAAGCAAUACAUUGGAGAAUUAUCACAACUAAAGUAUCUUUCUAUAAUCGAGCUUAGCAAGUUCAUCAAAAAAUACAUAAAAUAACAAUAGCUAUUUAGAAAGUAGAUUCUCAGUUUCAAGCAAGGGAAUGAGUCAGUAAUAUAAUAACAGUAAAUUUAUGGCUUAAGAUUCAAUUUUGAAUGAAAGCGAUACUUAAUUAACAGAUGGAAUAUAGAGCUAUUAAAAUUAGAGUGAAAAGCAAAUAACUGCCUAAAUUUAAGAAAAGAAAAGUAGUAAUUAAAACCUGAUUAACAACAUAGUAAAAAUAUAAGCAGAUAAGCAAAAGAUUCUCACAAAACAGAUAAUCAGGUCUUAUUAGCUAUACAAUUUUAGAACGUAUAGCGAAUAGCUUAGUCCACCAAUUGUAAUGAUACUUUUGUAAUACAAUAUAUUGAAAGACAAAGUUACAGAGCUUUCUCAAAGUGUAUUUUAAACGCAAAUUGAAUUUUCAAAGAGUUUAAAUAAAGCUUCAUUUCUAAAUCUUAACAAUCAACUCUAAGAAAUUUCAAUUUAAGCUUAUGUUUUAAGAAAGCAAUUAUUUAAGCUUUCUGAUGACAAAUACAAUUAUAACCUCAAAUAUGUUCCUCUUAUGCUAAACUAAGAAUUAAUCUACUAAAAUAAAGAAGACCCCAUAAAAACUUAGAUAGCUUUAUAGAAUGAAUAUUAUGCAUCAAAUUGGUAUAGCGAUUAAACUCUUAUUUAUAAUGAAUUAGAUGGCUUGUCUUAAAUAGAACUAGUAAGAAAUGAUAGGCUUAAUUAUAUUUUGAGGGCUUAUGUCCACUAAUACUUAAACCAAUAAAAUUCUACAUUAAAUUUAGGUUACUAAAUAUUCGCAUUUAAUUCUAAUGGUGUUUUUUUUUCUAAUUAUAUGAACACUACCUUUAGUAACUAAGUUGAUGAUCCAAAAUGUCCCAAAACAAAGUAUCCCUUUAAUACCCGUUGUCGUUUUUGGUACUUGGCUAGUAAGGAAAGUCCAGGAUUGGUGGUUUAUCCACCUUUACCUAUAUUAAGUUUUUAUGGCUAACAAUAACUAGUAAAUUUGAUAUGCCAAAGAACUUUAGAUAAAUCUAAAUAACUCUAUGCUGUAUUUUGUGAUUAUAUGUUUGUAGAUGAUCUUAAAAAAUUUUUUAGAGGCUAUUAAAAUAUAAAGACUCACUAGAUAAUAUUUGAUCCUUAGUCUUUUGUGGCAAUUUAUGAUUCUAGGCAAGACUUAGAUAUUUCUAAAACGACUAAGCUUUAAGAUUUACUUUAAAAAUCAAUAGGACACUCUAAAUAAUUGAAGGAAUUUUAUAAGAUGAUUUAAUAAAAAUACUCUAAUAGAUAAAUAAAAACAGAGAAACGAUUAGACUUUACUGAUACUAUUACUUCUAAUUAAUUUCAAUAAGAAUACAACAUUAAAGAUGAUCAUGAUAAUAAUUAUUUAGUUAUUUUUAAUUUACUAUUUACAGUGGAAAAAUUAGACAGUGAUGUUGAUAAUGAUAAUUAAUCAUACAAUUCUACUUUUCCUAAUAAAUUUAAUUACAUUACAAUAUAUAUUUUGAUGGAUAUACUAUCUGAGAAAGAGCUAAUGAGUUUUUCAUAACAAAUUCUAGACAAAUUAAAGAUAGUAUUCAUCCUGACAAUCGUAAUAUUUGGAUUAUUGCUUAUCGUAGUGGUUUGCAUCAUAUUAUAAUAUUCUAUUAUAUUUUCACAUAUGAUUGAGUAUCCUAUUGAUCGACUAAUUAAAAUAUUUAAUAACAUUCAACUUAAUUUAGAUGAUAUAAAUGAAUUUAUAAUAGCUUAAAAUACACAGUUUUUAGACUAAUAAAGUGAAUUUUAUAGUAUCUUCUACUCUGAAGAUACUAGAUUGUUAUAUGAAAGCUUUACAAGUUUGGUUAAAAUGCUUAGAUAUUCAGCACUAAAUUUGCUCAAAGAAGAUCCUAGCGAAAAUUUACUAAAUUUAAAUUUGCAGAUAAACUUUUUUGAUAAGUUUUAAAAUAAACGAUCUUUAGGGAUUUGCCACAAUAAUUUGGCAAAUAUUCACUUCUUGUAAGGAAGAUAUUUAGAAGCCUUAGAUCAUUAUGAACGUUCUAUAAUUUAUGCGUAUGAAGAGCUUAAUAUUUAUUAAGAAGAUAACGGAAAUUAAUCAAAAUCUUAAUAACAAAGAUUAUCAAAAUUCCUUAACUUGCAAAGACAAACCACUUAAACAAAAACCUCUCUAAAUUAAAAUUAGAAAAAAAAAGCUGAUACAAGCUAUAAUCUUUCUUAAACGUAAUAAGAUUAAGGAUUAAAAAGAAAGGAUAUGAAUGAGAUGCUUUAAAGUAGGAUUGAAAAAUAGGAACUGAUAGAAAAUUUAUUUAAUAGAAAAUUUAAUAUGUUUAAGUGCUUAAAUACUUAUUAUCAGUAAGAAAUUAGUAUACAAAAAUAGCAAAAUCCAAGCAACUAAAAUAUUUAAUUUUGUUAAGAUUUGUUUUAUAUAGAGGAGCUAAUAUCUUUAGCUAAUGAUCUUUUAAAGAUAUCUUCUAAGUUGCAAGAUGAGAAUCUGAGUAGAGAAAUAAUUCUAAGAAUUUAUAUAUUAGAAUAUUAAUUAAUUCUUAACGAGCUAAAGUAAGCAGAAAUAUAAUAUGAUAUUAUUAAAAAUUUGUUCGAUAGAAAAUAUUUAGAUGAACAAGAUAACAUAUUUGCUUUGGAAUAGUCAGUAAGAGGCUAAAGUUUUAUUUAAGUCAGAAAUAAGAAUUAAAGUGCAAUUUCCUAAUAUUCAGACAAGUGCCAAUAAAAUAGGGCAAGUCCACCUCUUUUAAAAAAAGAAACGAAACAAAUUCCUUUUAUAAUACGUCAAAAUAAUAUCAUUAAAGAAACUACAAGCAUUUUAUUUAAUAAAUCUAUUGAUAAAAAAUUAUAAAAUAAUUAAAUAGAUCAAAAAAUCUAGACCAGUAAAAAUAGUGCCAUAAUCAAAUUAAAAAAUAUUAAUUUACCAAAUUAAAUUGAUGAAAAAGAAACAGUUUAAAAUAGCAGUAUGAAUUUAGAAAAAAAAUUUAAUAAUAUCAAAACUGAAGAAGAUGAUGAAAAUUAGGAAAUAAACUAUAUAAAAAUCGAUAAGGAAUCAAAGACACAAUUGGAUGAGAUAGGUUUGGAGAUAAAAACAAGAAACUCAAUACAAUCAAAUUAAAACUUACUAGCAUAAUUUUUUGUCAGAGGAUAAAAAAAUAUUGCUACUCUUAAUAGUCCUCAAAAUACAAAUGAAAAAUCACCAAAAAAUUUAAAUAUAUAUGAAUUGAAUACUUAUAGAAAAGCUUCAGAAGAUUUGCUUUUAGAGUAAUAAGCAAAUAACAAAAAUGAAUAAUCACAAUUUAAUACAUAAAGAUUAACUCAAGUAUUAUUUUAAAAUGUUGGUGAGAGUGUAGAUAAAAACGAAUCAUACUCAAAUUACAAUACCUAUAAAGAUGAUUGCUUAAACCUCCAAAAAUAAGAUUAAUAAACAGGAAAUAUUUAUAAAAAUUUUUAAUUAACGAAUAAAAGAAUAUCAUAUGCAAUCGACUCAAGUCCGAAUACAAAACCUAUCAAAAGGCUAACAACACAAUAAGUUUCUAAUUUCUAAAAAAUUGUAAAUAAGAGAUUUUCUUAACAAAUUGAAUUAAAAAAUUUGGCAUAUGAUUUUAAUUGUGAUAUUCUUUAAAGCUUUAUGGCUAUUGCUAAAGCUAAAUUCUUACUAGCAUAAGGAAAAACAUAUGAAGCAAUAAAUGUAUUGACAUAAAGUCUGGAAGAUUAAAAAUAUUAUUCCUACAAAGGAAAGUUCUAAGUACUUUAGUUAGUCUAAAGUAUAUUCGCAGAAAAUAACUUACAUAGCAAACAAUUAUAUUCUAUAAUAGAUAAAUUUUAACAAAAAAGAUUGUUUAAAAUUGCAGUAGUAGUAUGCUGCUCAAAACAAAAAAAUAGAGAGAUUUCACAUUGGAUAAUUAAUGAAAUAAUUUAAAAUAUCCUCUUAUUUUAAGAAGAUGGAUUAGGAGUCAUUAAAUAUAGAUUUGGUGAAUCACAUUUCCAGCAACUAUUUAAACUUUUUUGUAAGUCUUAAAUAUCAUAAAAUUAUUAAUUGAUUUAGAAUUAGUUAUAAGAGAUAAUAAACUAUAAGCAAGAAGACCAAAAUAAGGAAGACAUCUUAAUAAAAACAUGCAAUUGUUUUUCCAGUACUUUUUCAUUGAAUAAAAUUGAUGAUGAAGAGGAUGAAAAUCUAAAAUGCCAAAAUAACAAUCAAUAUAACCACAAUUCAUUAUAAUUAUACCUUGGGAAUAAAUUAUAAGAUAAUAUUUUCGAUGCAAAUUUCCAACCUUCAGACAUUUAAUAAAAAUUAUCUAAAAAUAUUUUAAAUAGCACAUGUCGAACUUGUAAUAUUUCAAUAACUGAAAGACUCUAUUAAAAUAACUAGGAGUUAAUGAAAUAAUUUUACUUUAAUAAGUUAUUUCAUUUAUGCAUCAGAAACGCUGUGAAUAAUAUAUUUUUUAAUAAAAGUGCAGAGCAAAUUGAGUACAGCAAAUUAAACCAAAUUAAAUAAAAUAAUUUAAAUAAGAAAAAGACUAAAAAAAAAAACAAGUAAGACUUGCUUUGUGACUUUUCAAUUUGUAAAUAUAUAGUCUUAAUAAUAGAUAAACCAUACAUAGAUUUUGAUGAUUAAUUUUAACAUUUAAAUUCAUUUUUAUAAGAAAUGAGAAUAAAAUUACUUAUUCUGCAAUUAAAUGAUAUUGAGUGCUAACAAGAAAAAACUAGUUUAGAAUAUCUUAAACAUGAUUAAAGGCUUCUAAUAAAAUAAUUUUUUUCAGCAGAUAAAUUAUUAAGGUAUCUUUAUGAAUAAAGAAUCAAUAAUAAAUAACUUUAGGUAGACUAUAAUAUAGAAUUUUAUUGA